CAUCUUGAAAACUUUCGUAAACUGCAAACAAGAAGGUUGAAAGAAAAAGAAAAGAAUCCGUGAAUUUGUAAAAGCAUCUUUUAGUUUUUACCGCUGUUUUGCAAAAUGAGCGGUGGUACACCAUAUAUAGGAAGUACUAUAAGCCUUAUUUCCAAGGCAGAGAUAAGAUACGAAGGAAUAUUGUGGUCCAUUGACACGAAGGACUCGACAGUUACGUUGGCUAAUGUUCGCUCGUAUGGUACAGAGGAUAGAAGUGCUGAAAAACAAGUUGGGCCCCGUAAUGAAGUUUAUGAGUAUAUCGUCUUUAGAGGCAGCGAUAUUAAAGAUCUACAUGUCUCGAAAGCCCCUAAAGUUAUCAGCACGGUCAAUCAAGAUCCUUCAAUUCUCCAGCAAGGAGCUGUAGGUUCAAACUUUUCACAUUUUCCAAAUGCAACAUCCUACCCUGCUGGUUACGGAAACUUUACCCACCCUUAUGGCUAUGGUGCCCAGCAUCCAGCAUACUCACCCGUACCUCAACCUGGCAUCAAUCCAGGCCGUGCAAGGUCACCAAUGGGUGUGCCUCUUGUUCAAAGCAGAACACCAAGCCCACCUGUGAAUGUUGCCCCAAUCGGUUCUGUGACGCAAACUAGAACUCUUGAGUCUGAAACACAAACUCCUCAGCCACCAAGUCAGAAAUCAACCCAAACUGGAAGACCUAGAAGGAGGUCAGGAUCUCGAAGAAACUCGUUGGAAACCAACCAAAAUGGACCCAAUAAACCAGCUGAGAAAAGGGAGGAAAAUGAAGAAGCGCCAAAAAACCAGAAAGUGAAUGAAAAUAAGACAAAAGCUCAAGGAGGUGGUCAAAAAGGAAGUGGACCCCAACAGCAAUCUGGAAGCACAAAGAAGGGAAAGCCAAUAAAGUUUAAUGGAGAAUUUGAUUUUGAAAGUUCAAAUGCAAGAUUUGAUAAAGAAAAAAUAGAAUUAGAACUGAAAUCUGAGAUAGAGAAAAUGAAGAUAUCAUCACAAGAAGAAGAGGUGAUAGUUGAAAAUGAAGUUGAAGUGGAGAGUCCAGGAGCUGAUGGUGUUUACUAUGACAAAUCCAAGUCAUUCUUUGAUUUUAUCUCAAGUGACCCAUUACCAUCAGAACAAGGACGAAAAACGGGAAACUGGCAAGAAGAGCGUAAACUGAAUGUUGAGACAUUUGGUGUGAGUGGUUCAUAUUCUCGUGGCUACGGACGAGGUCGUGGAUGGAGGGGUAGAGGUAGAGGACGAGGACGUGGUAGAGGUGGAUACCGUGGUGGUAACAAUGAUCGUGAUGGCGAACGUAACCAGCAGAACAGAACCAACAACCGUGGAGCACGGGGUGGCUACAGAGGUAACUGGGGUAACCGUGGUACCUGGAGAAAUAGAACAUCUAAUCAGAACAAGAAUACUGAUGAGGAGAAAAUAAAGGCUGAACCAAUUUCAAGUUGAUUGUGAAAAGAAAAUGAUAAAAUAGAGAAGUCAGGGUUGCAGCCUGUGUUCCUUGGCUUGCUUGCUACAAAUUUUUGAUGUGCUAACUGUUAUUGAUCGAAAAGAACUGUUGGGAUAUUUGUAAGUUGAGAGGAACUGGUUGUUGUGUGUAAGCCAAGUGAUCAAAUCAUAUUUUAUUUGUUGUUAUAAAGAUAUUAAUAUGUAAAUAGUGUAUGUAAUGUUUACAAGUUAAAAGGACUAUAUAAAAUACAAUAUGGCGUGUCAAGGCAACGUUGUAUGACAUAAAUACAUGUGUAGACAGUUAAUUUCCUAUCUCUCUUAGUUUUUCGGUAAUGCAAUUUUGAUUUAAAUGUUGGGAGAUAUCUGUAAAUAUAAUUGUUUUCAUUAAGUUUACACCUGUGACAAUUAUUAUGGAUGGUCAAAUAUUAAAUAUUUCCAUAUUUC